AUGUCGCGGCCCCACUCGCACUCGACCCAGGCUGCCUUGGUUGCUCUGCUGGUCGUCCUGCUUGUCGCCACGCCGGCCAUGUGGGUCUCUGCCGCCACCUGCAGACAAGCCCCGCUUCUCCCGCCGUCGCUCACUCUCGCCCCGCACAAAGGCAGCGAGCUGCGGACCCUCUUCUCGCUCCCUGCCACCGGGCCUGAUGCCGCGGGCAAUGGCCUGCGCCCUGUCCUUCACUUUGCGCCUGCCACGACGUGGCUCGCGCUCGCGAUCCAGCCGCUUGGAGACGCUCCGCCGCUGGGCAUCUCCGCCACCCCACACGGCAUCGACGACGGCCUCCAGAUCGUCAGCGAGUCGGCCGCCGACCGCUCACAGCGCCUGCUGAUUGAAUUAGCCGCGCUCGACGCACCUGACCCCAUCCUGGACCUAACAUUUGACCGCCCUCACACCGCGCUGCCUGCUCUCCCCAUUCCGUCUUCGCGUCCUAUUGAUGUUGGCUCACUGCCGCUCUUCUUUGACUCGACCGACGCCUGGCUUGCGAGUGUCGACGCUGUCCACCAGGUGGUGCUACCUGCGCAGCCACCCACGGCACCACACCUUGUGCACACCUACUCGUUUACUACCCCAUCUACCGGCGCCUCCGAACUGGGUCUCUCCACUACACUGCGCAGGCCAGAACACAUCGGCUCGUCGCUCACCCUUGUUGUGGCCAAGGGCAUCAUCACCUCGCAUUCGCUCGCCACUUGCACUCAGUCUGACGCCUGUACCUACGCCACGCUAUUGGCUGCAUCGUCUGGUGUUGCGCUUGAUGUAGUUCUCGAGUCGGCAACUACAUACUCACUUGCGCUUCUCAGCUACGCCGCAGGCGCCGCGCGUUUUGCCUGUCCGUACCCAUCUACACUCCCACUGACUCUCAAUGCCUCUCUUGGUGUCGAGGUUGAGCCAGGUGCAUUGGCCUUUGCCACCUAUCUUCGUCCGCGACUCCAUGCACCCACUACAACCUCCUGGUUGCCCUCGCGCUCGGGCUGGCUCCGCAUUCAUGUGACUGCGCCACCGCACGUCACCCCACUCAUCGCCGUCAGCUAUGCCGACGCCUCACAAACCCGCCGCUCUGUUGCCGACGAGUUGCUGGUGCCGGUCGCUGCUGGCGUCGACGUCUCGCUCACGCUUGACUUUGUGCACCACGCCCCAACCGAGCUCGCUUGUUCGCCGGCCUUUCUGCGUCUCGCCUUCCUCCCGCUGGACGUUCCGCCUACAGACUGCGCCGCUACUCCGCGUGGCCUCGCACCCGCUCAACUCGCGCAUCGUCUCAAAGACGGCACUACCCACCACGAUGCCAUCGAGAUGUUUGCCCUGCCGCAUGGCACCUCGCACGCCUUGCCUUUCACUCUCAGCACGAGGUCUCGGAUCACCUUUGAGCUCCACGCUGUCUUUGCCCUUGUUUCAGCUGAACUCACGCUUGUGCUGGCGAGCACGCCUCACUCGCCGGCCCGCCGCCUGCAAGUCUCGAGCCUCAACGUCAACGUUAUGACCGACGUCUUGGAACCAGGAGUGUAUACCGUCAGCGUCAUCGCGCCGUCGGACCCCGGCCCCGCCAACGUGACCUGCAUCCCGUACGGCUUCCGCGUUGCCGUCGACCCUAUGCCUGCCACUACGCCUCUCUGUCCUCCUCACCUGCUCGCUAACUUGCCCCACACACUCGAACCUCGACUCACCUCGCCAUCAGGCACUGCCAUCGCACUGGACAUCUCGCUCCGCCUCCCGGACAACAUCCCGGUAGUAGGAGAGGUGGCCACCACGUCGCACGCACCGCACGCCAAAACCCACUUUCGUCUCGCCAUGCCCAGCAUCAUCACGUUGAUGCUCGGACCUGCUCCGAUUGACGUUGACGUGCGCCUUGAGCGCCGCAGCCACGGCAAGUGGAUUGGGGUAGCCGAGAUGGCCGAGCGGCUCGGCCUCGAUGCCCUUGUUGCCGCUGUAGAGGCAGACACAAGCUACCGCGUCGUCAUCGAUUUUGUCGCUUUCCCAGACACUAACUAUGACCCCGAUUCGGAGCGGUGCGCCUCAAUCGAGCUCUCGUUCCACUCGCUGCCUCUCGCCGCCCUCCAUGAGCCGUGCUGCUGCCAGAGCCUGCCUCCCGCGUAUUCGCUCACUAUGCUUGCGCUUCCAUCGUCGGUGGCUCCCGGCUCGCCGUUCUCGCUAGGCAGCACGUUUGUGGCGCUUGACUCCCCAAUGCCCAUCGAGAUUCCUCUUAACGUCGACUCGGACGACACGUACGUUUCUGCCUCGGUCGCCUCUGACCUUGUCCGCACUCGCGCCUCGAUAGAGCUGAUCAAUCUCGACUCGGAAGUUACAGUCUCGGCAGGCCUCCACGAGUUGCCGGCAACGCUUCUCGAGCCCGGCACUUCGUACGCGCUUCUCAUCCGCUCGACCCUCAUCGAGCUUGACUCGGAUUUUGUGCCCGAGUGUGCCGUCCUUGCAUUCGAUCUCUCGCUUUUUGCGGUCUCUGCCCAGGACACCGUGGUAGACCCGAUGUUCUGCACCUCGCUCUCGCUGCCAGGUUUGAUGCUCUCCGGUCCGCGCUCGAGCGCCUUGUCGACGGUUAUCGAUCUCGGCCACGCCGGCGUGCAGUACUGGGCUGGGAUGGCUCGACUCCCUCCUUCGUUCACCACCGACUCGCCAAUGUCGCAUCUCUAUACCGCGUUCCACUACAUGGUUGUGGCUGUCUCGCCGCCCUCGGCCUCGCUUCGGGUCUUUGUGCCUGACGCUGGCCUCCUCGACCUCGACCUUUUCGUCACCCGGCUCGAUCCUGCAGCCGCCCGAAGCGACGCCCAUAGCGGUGCGCUCUCGCCGCGAGACAUGUGUGUUCACUACUCCACUGGCCGGUUUCUUGCCCUUGAGCUGGGCUCGACCACCGAGUCGCUCGUCCUGGAUCUUGACGAGGGCAUGUACUGUCUCGAGAUCGCGUUUUCGCGCUUUGACUUUGAGCAGCUCGACUAUAGCGCCUGCUUGGCAGCAUGGAUUGAGAUUGUUCUCGCUGCCGGCCCCGUUCUCGCCGACACGCCGUUGAUUUGUGCGAGCGAGGGCACAAUGCAUGCUCUUCCUACUGCUCUCAGCCUUGGCGAGCCGCUCGCUCUGGCACUCCGCCUCCCCACUCCACCCGGCAGUGUCAACGCCUCGACUACGUCGACGCGGGCGGUCUUCACCACACCACGGACGUUCUCCGGUGUCGCUCUCAUCCACGUCAGUUACGAUGUCGCCAUGGGUCCUUGGGUUCCGGCUCUCACCGCCGUUCACGCCUCGUUUGCAACCCCGAACCCGUCCCGCAAGCUCAUCACACCAGCUCAUGCGCCGGGGCGCGUUGUCUACCACCUUGAGCUUGCUCCUGAGACUCGCUACGAGCUGAGCCUCACCGAUCCGGCAACUACCCAUGGGACGUGGCCGCGACUGCACCUUCCCUGUGCACAGCAUGACAUUGUCGGCGGCAUCGCCGCCCCCGGACUUCCGCUGCCUCCAGCUACCGGUCUCCCUAGCUGCCUCUUUGGCGAGCCAAUGCCGACCUCGCUCCAGCGCGGUGGCUGGUAUAUUCCGCCGAUGGUCGGCUUGCCGCGCUCGGCACCGAGCAUUGCGAUUCCCCUCACGUCCAGCGCCGUUGUUCGUGUGGUUGCCUCGUGGGAGCCUCCACUCGCCGGAAUGGCUCUGACCCUGCGGGCAUCAAACAGCUCUGGGCCGCGGCUUGCGGUCUCCCAGACGUUCGCUUCACGCGACGAAGCCAUCGCGCUUGUUGUCUCGCCGUCAGCGUGGGGUCACUCUACUUUGACGAUGCUGGAGCUGGGCAUUGAGCUCGCAUGGCAGCUUGACGCCACCGACGCCCUUGCUGCCAACAACUGUCCCUACGUCUCGUUGCAGAGCGCAGUUGUACCGAUCAGAGUCAUGGCUCAAGCUCUUGAUUGUGGCAAUGCCAACGGUCCACCGUUUGGUGACCCUGCGCCGAUUGCACUCCCUCCAGUCGGCCUGCUAGCCGACAUUCGCGCCGGCGCCUCGGUCCACUUUGAAGCAUCACCCGACGGAGGACACAUCAGCUCCAAAGUGCUGACAUCGUGGGCGCUUGCUCAUCCCGACCGUCGCGAAAAGUGGGCUGCCUCGUUUGCUCUUGACCCUCAGUGGGCUUCAGGCCUCGAGACGCUAGAUCUCGACCUCGAACUCGCCUUUCCGCUUGCAAUCGCUCUCCCGCAGAUGAACGUGGUCGCUGUUGACGAGAACGGCGCUGAGGUUGUGCUUGCUGCCUCGACCCCUCGCUCGCUUGUGAUGCUACCGGAAUGGCCGCUUGACGCUGCCCGCCGGCUGCAGGUAACUCUCCGUCGUGGAUUUUCCACCUACCGCAUCGAUGUUUCCGUGCCGCACGACGACAUCUCGGUCAAUCUCUUCCUAGCCUCGUUUGAUUCGUACUGUAUCCCCAUCUCGCUCUCGAUUGUUGGUCUUGCCGUCCCGACUGACAGCCCACCCGGGGUGGAGCUGGUGUCAGUCUCACCCCCAUCUGCUGUAGUUGAGCUUGAUGAGGAUCUUGUUGUUGAGCUCGUGUUUUCGCCGCCGGGAGUCGCUGGUCCUGCGGACGCCCCCUCACUCCUUGCGGCCAUUCUCCUUCACCGCACUGUGGUGCUCGGCGAUGGCCUCACUCCUCUCUCGGCGGCCAUCGACGAUACAGAUCCGACCCGCAUGGUCGUUGUUUUCCCAGCAGCCACCCUGGCUCCGGGCUCAAUUUAUCCUCUGUCUCUCGUCGUGGAGAGUCUGGCAGUUGCGGGCGACCUGUCGCUCUCACCGAAGCCAUACGAUGGCCCGCUUCCGGUCUACACAACGCCACCGUGCUUUUGCUAUGGCCACGGCAGUUGCACUGUCGAUGGCUUGUGUCAAUGCAAGCCACCAUACGCUGGCGAUCAUUGCCUCGAGUGCCAGUCCGGCUGGGUUGCCAGUGGCGACGCCUGCCUACCUGCUACUCGCUGCCCUCACGUUGCGUCGGCGGCUGACAUUUGCUCGGGGCAUGGUUACUGUGACGAUGCCUCAGGCCUUCCGCGGUGCGUUUGCUCACCAGGCUACGCGCGAUUGAGCCUCGAUCCUGCCCGUCUCGAGUGCUCGGCAUGCGCUCCCGGUUUCUCCGGCUUUCCACGAUGCACAGCCAACGCAGUUGAUCCUCAAGAGCUGAACCUUGCCUGCGCCGGCCUUCCGCUUCCCACCGUGGUCGAGUUCGGCUUUCGGGUGACAUAUCGCUACGAUACCGAUGUGGUCAGCCAUGUCAUGGCCAUAACUCCGCUCCUUGCCGCACCCGAGCCGAUCUUGUUGAGGCUCCGCGUCCCGCCUGCUCUAGUUGCUAACGUUGGGGAGAGCACUGAGCUGGUGCAGCCAUGUGUCACUGCAGCUGUUGUCCAGCUGGCGCAGCCUCCACAUCCAGGCGAGGCCAGCAGCAGUCGGCAAGACUCGGUGGUCAAGACGCUUUCGAGCUGUGGCAGCGGUGAAGGCUCGGACGCCGAUGCCUCAUCCGGCCCUCACCUUCUUGCGGUUCUCCUCCAGCCGCACACCAGCUACGAGCUGCGCUUUGAGUUUUCAGCCCCAGAAGAUAUCGAUGUCGACGCCGUCGGCGCAGAGUGUUCUCGAGUCCGCCUCUCACUCGCCCUGCAUGCCAUCUCGGACCUCGCCGAUGCGGUUGAGCUUGCGGCGACGACGCGUCCGGCGGCAACCAUUCUGCCACCGAGAGCUUCAAUCAAGUUUCCCAUCAACGACGCUUGGGUGGACGACUUGGUGUACACGCCUUCGACUGCCGACCGCCGCACGAUGGAUGACAUGCCUGUAUCCGGUAUCAUGAUCUGGUCAUCGGCUUUCGACGUUCCUGCGCUUCCCGGCAUGCUUGGGCGCCUCAACGCGCACGUGUGGUUCAAUCCUGCACUGGCAACCUUGGACUUGGUAGUUCGCGAGGCGUCGCUCGCGAUCUCUUCGACCAUCCACACCGGCGCCUCACAGCUCGAGAUGGACCUGCCACCUGGCACUUACUCGCUGGAGCUAUGGAUGAGCUCAGCAGUCCCACUUGCUGUCUCGACCCGCACGCUUGUGGUGCCGCUGGGCCUGACGAUCGAUCUUGGAGUAGCAGAGGUCAACGACCAAGUCAUUCCGCUGGUUGCGCAAUGUGCGCCUGUUCCGGCCUUUCCGGCCCAUCUCUCGCCCGAGAUGCCGGCUCUGAACGGCGCGUUCCUGGCCGGCCUACGUUCCGGUGCCGGCCUGCCGCUGGCGGAGACAAGCCAUACGCUGGCUUUUGCUGAUGGCGCCCCGACGGUAGUCCGUGUCGAAACAGGGUACCACAAGGAGCUGGACAUCGACGUCAGUGUCAUAGGUCGCAGUCACAUGGGCGGAGAACAAGUUGUGGCGUCUGCGAGCACCAAGGGGCAUCGUGGGGAGUCGCUCUUUGUCUCGCCACCGUCAGGUGUGACGCUGACCGGUGUGCGGCUGCACGUGCAAUCCUUGACCAGUGCAGCCGAUCCAUGUGCCGCUUUUCAAGUUUACGUGGCCACUGGCUACGAUGCUGUCGAACCGCGACCGUGCCCAGCGUCCAACUCGCUGCCAGGUGUGGUCCAAGCUGCUACAUCCAACUCGCCGCUGCAUGCGCCGUUUGUCAUCGCACCGCCGCGGCACGAGGUGUUCUGGCUGGUGAGCAAGGUGGUGCCGGAAAAGGCAAGUGGUCGCGAGACUCUUGCCUCGUUUACCUUUGACAUUACCGACCACCUCCAGUUGAUGCUUGAAGUGCUCUCAGACCCGCUGCUCUCACCCGUUGACAUAGUACUCUACAGACAUGUGGACGGCGCCGACUCGCGGCCUCGCGUGAUGGCACGUUCAGUGCGGAGUGGACCGUCGGCUCGGAUUGAUCGACGGUCGCUCAAGCCGGGUCUGUACGAGGUGGCCUUUGCGGCAAGGACUGCGAUGUGGGGUGCGCGAUGCGCGCCUGUUGCGCUUGAUCUUCGACUUGGUGCCCCAAGCAUUCCACCACCACUGGCGCGCAGGCUGCCGGACGCACUUGUGGAGCCGUGGUUCGAAUUGCCUGGCCUGCGCCCGGCGGUGUACGCAUGGCAAAGCGACAACGCUGUGCUGCCCACGCCUGGGCUUGGGCGUGACUCGUCUGCUGUGGUCCACACCAUGGCCAUCACCGCAGUAGGACCGAGCGAACUUGUGGCCAUUGCUGCGGCAUGGGACUUUGAUGUCGAGCUGGUGCUCUAUGUUGCUGACAACUCCGAGGUCCCGCUGUUCUCGGCAGUUUCUGACUCUGCCGACGCGCCGGCAGCACUGCGUCUCGCACUUGAUCCUAUGCUUGCAUCCGAGUAUGUGUUGGAGAUUCGGGCGUCGAGUCGAAGUGACGGCCGGCACGUUGUCGUCGAUGGGCUGCAGCUGGCACUGCAGCUGUCGCCUGCAGCGAGAGCUCCCACGACAAGCUGCCCUCCGAGCGCAGGACCAAGCCUCCCGACUCAGGUCCCGUUCGCCCCACCUGACUGGCCCUUUGUCCUGGCGCCAGCCCAGCGGCCGUUUGUGCUUGCCGGCGCCCGUGGCGGUGGUGCCAGCAUGGACAUGCCGUUCACGGUGACCUCCAAGGGCACAAGCCUGUUUGUCGAGCUUCGAGCGCCGCUGGCUUUGCCGCUGGUGGUGGCUGUAUACACCAGCGGGGAUGAGCGUCUUGUGGCGGCGGGGCGGCUCGGUGUGCACGCCGACAUCACAGCCACCCUCUCGGUGCCACAUCUAGAGGGUGGCUCAUACCUGCUGCGCGUUUCGGAGCCGUCACAAGCCAGCAACGUCCGACCGACCUGUACUAUGUUUGGCGCUACGGUUGUCUUUGCAUCACGGCCCGAGGCGAGCGCGCAGCUGCCUCUCUGGCAGCACGAUGCUGCGCUCCAUGCAGUCGGAAGCUCGGGUGCAAACGGGUGGCUCCCAAUUGAUACAGAGGGAUCGGUGUUUACCCGGUUCAGCUCACCGGACCUCGUUCUUCCGAUGUCUGUGGCGCAGCCAUCUGUGUUGAGCAUGGCGGCGCAUGCGCUUUGCGACGAGCUCGAGUGCGAGAUUCCGCAACUGGAGCUGCACCAGAUUGAUAGCGACGGGACACGUCGAUGCUUGGCAUGCACAACGUCUGACGGCGCCGGCGCACGGGCCUUGGCCAUGCUGCAACCUUUGCCGACGACGUACGAGGUCAAGCUGUCUGGCCGUGGCCUCGUCGGAGUGGAGUGGGCAGCGGCACGCCUGGAUGCUGUGGAGGACUGGGCGAGAGCCCUCAAUAGAGCCGACACGACCGAUGAGGUCAAUCACCCACUGGUGGAUGCUGCGGCUGGGCUCGAAUCACUGGCACUACGCGCAGGGGCUACAGGCGCCACGUUACCACGGACGCGAAUCCGAGUUGCUCCGGGCUGGGGCCGGCUGGUAGGCGAGCUGCCACUCAAAAUGACGAGCGGACAGCCUGGCGUUCUGGAGGCGUCGUUGUACUACGAUGCAGAGUUUGGGGCGCUUGAGCUCGAGCUUGUCGGCGUCGGUGGGAGCGAGGUGCUUGAGUUUGAGCACGAGUAUGGACAGAAUCGAGUCGUGGUGCGCGGCGUGAUGGCUGGCCAUGGCGAGUAUGUGCUGCGCAUCUCUGUGCCCGUUUGGGCGGAUGGCGAGAAGCCGACCAGUCUGCAACGGCUAGGAUUCUCGUUUUGGCUGGCAGCCGAUGUGCUUGUCGACAACGACGACGGCCAGAGCCCCAGCCCCUGCUUGCCAACCUCGGUCCUCCCUAUUGGGGGUAUCGAAAGCGGUGCCGGAGAGAAACUCUCGUUUGUCGCCGACGCGGUGGAGCUGUCGAGCUCGGGCCGGCUUUCAUCUUGGCUGACUCUCUCGGACGAGAUGAUGGUGAUGGUGAUGGUGACGCUGAGUGACGAUCUCGUGGCCGCCUCCCAUGGAGAGGGCAACGCUGUCGGUGUGGCGCCGAUCAGCAUCGAGUUUUACGCUGAAGGCGUGACAUUGCUUCCCCAGGCAACUGCGUAUGUGGGUGGACAAGCAGUGGCAACGUUCCGGUUAGCUCAAGGGACAAUGCAGCUCUCACUUGCUUACGAUGCACACCUUGUGCGCGACGCUGAGUGCGCCACGGUUGCGCUGGCGGUGGAGGGGCGAGCUGCUGGCGCGGCAGCGGUGGAUGCGCUUUGUCCGGUGUUGGGCGACACAGGCGUGCCAUCCAAACCCCAAGUCCUGAAGGUAGGCGUCGGGGGCGAGACACAGGCGCAAGCUUCGUUUGUAGCAUCGGUUCCACUGGAUGUGCAGACUCUCGUGCCUCACCGAAUCGAGGUUCCGAUCCAGAUUACCGGUAGCGAGUCACAGGCGCGGGUUGUGGCAGCGAUUGGCUUCUCGCCGUUUGCUUCGCUUCUCGAAGGCGGAGUGUAUGACGGCGGGCGACUUGUAGCAGAGUUUGAGCUGAGUCCAAACGGGCUGGGAUCUGACCUGGUGGCUCGACUCGACACCGAGCUCAAAGCAGGCUUGUACACGCUGGUGGCCAACGCGGUGGGGAUGUCGGACCUGGGGCUUCGAGCGCCACUCUGCGGCGAGCUCGACAUUGAUGUGGUUGUCACACUCGAUGGAGCACAGGUGGUCGCUGCGGUGUCACCAGCACGAUGGCAUGAGCUCCGACCCGGACUCGGGUUUGUGGUUCGGGUCACGCUUCCAAGUGUCUACCACCAGCUAGCUGCAUCGGACGUGGCCAGUGCGUUUGCACUCGAUGUAGGCAUGCUGCCGUCGCCUGAAGAGGCGCGGAGAGUAGACGAUGUCGAGUGGGAGCUCGGAUGGGGCGCGAACCAGAUCCCGUGGCCGGACCAGCCGUCGGCACUGAGCGAGUUUGGGCUUGUGCUUGUGCCCGGAUCCCAGCUCGAGGGAAUAGAGCUACAACUGACGACCUCGUAUGGGGCUGUGGAUUGCGGCGGGCACGGCCGGAUGGACCCUGCCGACGCAGCAUGCAAAGACGGGUGGUCGGGCACAACGUGUGAGGUGUACUCGUUCGAGGCCGAGACGUCCACGCAGGCCAAACAAGAGCUGGGCGGAUGGAUCGGACUCGUGGCUUUUGUGGUUGUCCUCCUCGGCGUCGGCGGAGGCGCGGCGUGGUCGCUGCAUCGCUCGCUUCGGCGGGCGCGGCAAGCGCACUCGUUUGCCCGACUGGACGAUGUCGAGGGCGCGGCUGAGCUCGAACCACUCUCCGACCUGAUCGAUGGCCUCGAAUCGUCCAUCGAAGGCGAAGUCGGCGAGCGUGUUGAAGCUGGCGAGGCCGAAGAGGGCAGCCAUGAUGGCGGUGGCAGCGAUGGUGACAUCGGUAGCGGCAGCAGCGGCAGCGGCGCUACAGCGGCGUUUGAAUGA